UUUUCCUUUUUUUGACGCCCGCAAAUGGAGGCUCGAUACGGAUCAGUGACAGUUACCCUUACUAACGGCUUGCUAAUGUGCGCCUGCGAGGUUCUGACUACUUUACUAGUUUCUGCUUUCUUCAAAGCCCAACUUUUGGCCCAGGAUCCCUGCGGGUUGUUGCUGACUGCCAAACCUAGAAUGAAGGGAGAUGAGGCACAAGGCCAUGAUAAUCCAGUUGAUGCAGAAGGAGAUGAUGGUAAUGAUGAGGACGACGGGGAUGAUGAUGAAGGGGAUGGUGGCUUUGGAGAAGGUGAUGAAGAUUUGUCGUCUGAAGAUGGAGAGGACUUGCCCAACAACCCCAACAAUGACAAGAGUAACUCAAAGAAGGGUCCGGAUGGUGGAGCAGGUGGGGCGGAUGAGAAUGGAGAAGAGGAACAAGAAGAUGAUGAAGAUGAUGGCGAAGGUCAAGAUGACGAUGAAGAAGAUGACGAUGAUGACGACGAUGAUGGCGGGGAAGAGGCUGAGGAAGAAGUUGAGGAGGUAGAGAACGAAGAGGAAGAAGAAGAUGAAGAUGAGGAAGCCCUCCAGCCCCCAAAGAAGAGGAAGAAGUGAAGUAGGAGAAUAGUGAAAGCCUCCGCACUCCAGAUACACUGCUUGUUUCUCAGUGACUUUGUUAUCUAACUUUGUUAAUCUACUUAGAUUACGAGGAGGCCUGUUUAGGAUAAUGGUAUUAUGCAUAAUUAUCGUAUUUUCCUUGCAUGGUUAGAGAGCACUCUAGAAGUACUGUGAGCUGCGGCAAUGAUUAAUUCGAGAAAUGUGAUGGAUUAUGAUCUUUAGCUACACAA